AUGUCUACCAACACAGAGCUGCCUCCUCCAGAUAAGCUGGAACCCGAUCUCCGAGGCGGCAAGGCCAUCUUCUUCACCCUCGACACCCUCUUCAACCGCGACUUUGCGACCGAACGCGGUCUGAUAAGAUUCAAGCAACUCAUCCCAGACCUUCGAGACAAAUCUAUGGAUGAACUGAAGAGAGCCUAUCAUGAUGGCAUGGCCGCUGCGUAUCUAAACCACAUCCACUCCCAGCUCUCAGCACUAGGCUGUCAUCCUACACAAGGUCCGGUGGAUAAAGUUGAGAUGAUGUUUCGGGAGCUCAACCUCGAACCGCCGUCGCGGAGUGACACGUACCUCAUCGGCAGAGAGUUUGGAACUGAAUUCAACCGCAACCGGUUUGAAGUCGCCGGAGCGUCUGAAACCCUUGCGCAGCUGAAGAGUCUCGAUUAUGCGAUUGUUGUUGCCGACGAUGAUCUUGAGUGGGAUGCCGUGAAAGAUCUCAACUUCUGGCAGUACGUUGAUGCCAAUAUCAUUACGAAAGAUCCGGUGAUGCGCAAGCCAGACCUCAGGGUGUUCAAAAGGGCUUUGGAUGCUUGCGGAGUAUCUCCGAAAAAUGCUGUCAUCGUUGGGUGUUCGGUAGAGAAGGACAUUGCUGGUAUUAUUAAUGCUGAGGCGGAGCCCAUAUUGUACAUGCCAAAGCAGAAUUCCAUGGAAAUGAAGGUUCAGGGCACGCGUGUCUUGGUUGUUCGUAGCAUGGCUGAGCUAUUGUCGGAGAUAAGCCGUCGACCUGAGAACAGGCAUCUCGAAGCGGCCCAACGCCAUCAGCUACCUCCUCCACCUUCCCUAGGUCACCCACGAAUGCCACAAGCAUCACAGAACCAGGGAUACGCGAAUGAUCAGAACGGUGGACCCUCAAGCCAACAUCGCCAUGAAGGCAUGCGAGUCAAUCUUGCGGGAAAGCUCCACUUUCCCGCAUACUAUCUCACCCAGGUUCCAGCAAUGAGACUCCACGAAGACACAGACUACCAGACCGUGGUCACCCACCUAAGUGCCACGAAAGGGCUGCAUGUCCGGUACCUACCUUGA